AUGGCCGCGCUACCAUCAAAGGAGCAGAUAGCUUAUAUGAUAGCCCACAGCGACGAAAGCCUCGUGCCGAAUAUAAUUAUUUGCGUCUCUAUUUGCGGUAUUGCAUCUAUUGUAUUCAUCCUUCUCCGUCUCUAUUCGCAGUAUCUUGUAUCGCACAAGUUUCGUUUAACACAAAGUGAUAUUCUACUAUUGAUAGCUUGGGUCUUCUAUGUUGUAUACAGCAUCGGGCUGGGCAUGAUAACCAAAUACGGAGGAGGGCGUCAUGUUAUCAUGGUUACGGACAUGCGCUUGCUUAAUAUUUGGAAAAUUAUCGAUGAAGUAUCAUAUACCGCGUCUCUAGGAUUCCUGAAACUCGGUAUUAUUAGGUUAUACGGUAGCAUCUUCCGAUCGAGAACGUUCCAUAGAUUCCUAUGGGUAUUCGCCCUAUUGAUCAUUGCUUUUCACAUAGCAAUAUCCAUCGUUAAUAUUCUCGAAUGCAUUCCCAUCCAGUAUUAUUGGGACGUCACAAUUUCGGUUGGAUACUGCCUUAAUUAUGGGCUCUUCAUGCUUCUUGUUGGAAUCAUCAAUGUCAUUAUCGAUUUUAUCCUAGUGUUUUGCCCUAUUCCGAUGGUUUUACGUCUCCACACCUCCAAGCAGAAAAAGAGGCUCCUGAUAUUCACCUUCUGUAUGGGUGGAAGUGCUUGUAUCGUUUCUAUUGUUCGCCUUGCGUUCUCCUUGGAUUUUGACGCGACUGGUGAUCCCAGCUACGAUAACAUACGUUUGAGCCUUCUCUCACUUAUUGAGCUUGUGGCUGGCAUUCUUGAUACAUCAAUACCGACAUACUGGCCAUUAUUUCGACACAUUACGGCAAUAUGCAGUCCGUCUUUGAUUAAUUCAUCAGCCAACAUCGAUAGCAAAGAUAGCAAGUGGAACAGCGGUGGCAGUAUUCGCACUAGUCCUCAAAUUACUGCUGAUGUUUCGUCUGGGCAGCUUGAAAGCAAUAUUUCUGGUAUAAACGUGACGACACACGUUGAGCUUGCUAGAUAUACUAAUAUGGGAGGCAAUUGGAUUAGGGUUCCCGAUGAUAUCCAUAAAGGAUGGAAAUAGGGACAGAGAUACGAGGGAUCAUGACACUUGAUGACAUAUUUCUAUGGUAUAAAUGGAGCUAGUCAGGAACAGGUAU